GUGAGAUCUUUAAUGGCACUCGCAUCCCUGCUUUAUUGAAGAUAAGUUCUGAAAGGAAUUCUGUGAACCGUCUGAUGAAAGAGAAUAAAAAACUUAAUCUCAAGUUAUCACAACUUCAGAGUUUGUUGGAGGAGAAAGAGGCACAGUUGUGUAAUUCAAGGAGUGGUGCUUCUUCAGUAAGGGAAGUGGGAGGCCCUGGAAUGGGCAACUUCUCUCAUUCUGUAGCUGGUGCUGCAGAUGAGGCCAUAUUUCCUUCUCAUUUUUCAGAUAAUGUUCUUGUCCAUGACACUUCACUCGUAGAUGGAAGGGAAUCAUUCCAGAACCAAGAUGAUGCUCAGCUUGCAGAAUCUCAUGCUUCUAGGGCUCAUACUAAUGACCACCCUGGUGAGGGUAGGAGAAGUGAUGCCUACCAUAUGUUCCAAAGUGAUUCUGUUGUUGAAAUUGGCUCAAAUGUACAAGGAGAAGAAAGGUUUCCAGAAGUGAAAGCAGUUUUCCAGGACACAUUUCUGGGCCACACAAGUCCAAUCAGUUGUUGUCGAUUUUCUGCAACUGGAGACAAUAUUGCAAGUGCUUCUAUGGAUGGCACUGUCAGGAUAUGGACAUACGAUGCAUCAGCAACAGCGUCUAAAAAUGCAACCAUCUAUUGUGGAGCAGAGAUCACGUCUCUUGAGUGGGACUGCAAGUCGGAUCGUUUGCUACUCAUAGGCACUGCUGAUGGAGGCAUUAAAGCAUGGAAUGUUGAUGCAAAACGAGUUGUUUGUGAUCUCAACUCAGCUGAAGCAUACCCAAGUGUAUUGGACCUGAAAUGCAGCCCCGUGGAACCGAUCUUUGUUUCUGCAGCAGCAUCCAGAAGGCAGGGCAGGAGUUAUUACGAUAAACUUGGCUUCGCAUCAUUAACUGUAUGGAAUAUGAGGACCUGGAAGGCCAUGGCAGUGCUUCCACUCGGUAAAGAUCCACCGGCAAUUACUUCACUGUGUUUUAAUCACAACGGAAAGCUUUUAGCAGCUGCUGCAACUGAUGGCAUGAUUCAUAUGUUUGAUAUGUCUGCUGGCCUGCAAGUAACUGGGUGGCCUGCUCAUGAUUUGGCGAUUGGUUCUGUUCUUUUUGGGCCUGACGAGACCAGUAUCUUUAGCUUGGGCACUGAUGGAAAGAUAAUUGAAUGGAGCUUGCAAAGUCAAGGCAAAAUUCUUUGGUCAAGAAAUUGCAACAUAUUCUAUGACCCUGAGAAUUCAUCACAGUUUAAACAUGAAAUGGCAUUAGAUGCUAAAGGGAGAAGACUUCUGGUGACAUCUAAUUCAUUAAGUGCACCCAUAUACCAGGUUCAAGGUCAUAUGAAUGGAAUGAGAACUCUUUCUCACAGUGGACCUAUAACAACAGUGGACUGGCAUCCGACGUUGCCCAUCUUCUUGACAGGGUCGGCUGAUCACUCAGUCCUGGUCACAUCAAUAUCUUGAUGGUUUCUGCCUGUUUUUGCAUCCAAGAGUUGAGGGGAGCGGUAGAAUUGGGGAUUGGGGGAAGAAGUUGCUCUGAAUUGAACCUAAUGUGUUCUUGAUAUACUACCCUUAUUUUCAGCAACACUAAUGUUCUAUUUCUUUCUUUACUGA